AUGGAGAGAUCAGUAGAUUUACCGAUUCACAAGCAUCCAUUAUACCAUUCAUCAAGGUUUAUAAAUGGUCGUUGCCGCGGUUGCAAGCAAACCUCACCUAUCUAUAGUGGCUACCGUUGCAAUGACUCUGAUUGUAACCAUGUUUGGUAUCACAAAGAAUGUGGCGAAUCAUUACCGGAGAUCAAUCAUCCUUCCCAUCUCGAGCAUCCGCUCUGCUUAAUCGACUACAGGGGAAGUGGUACGUGUGCUUUUUGUGGAGCUUUCUUGUUUGGUCCUACGUAUCAUUGUUGGAUAUGCGCCUUUAAUAUCGAUAUAGCUUGUGCGAGAAAACAACUACCUCCACUUGCUGCUAUUGAAAAUCCCAAAUGUCAUAACCAUUCACUUGUUCUUUUGGAGAAGCAAGUGAAGAAAGAUCAUUGUGGAGUUUGCAAGAAAACAGUUUUUGGUAUGUAUCCUUACGUUUGUCUUGAGUGUGAUGUGUAUUUCCACGUCGAAUGCAUAAAUAUAUCGCGGGAGGUCCACCAUUCUUCUCAUACUAAUCACACUCUCGAGCUUUUCGGAUCUGAGUCGCUACCUGAUAGCGCUCAAAAGACUUGUCUUUUGUGUGAUGACGUAUCAGAUCACUUGAUUUAUCAUUGUUCCGUUUGCAACUUCAGCAUCUGUGUUUAUUGUGCGAUAAAUCCUCCACCGCUUGCUAUAGAACAUCUUAAGACUCACGAGCAUACGCUAACUCUCUUGCCUAGACAAGUUAAGUUUAUUUGCAAUGCUUGUGGAAUGAAAGGUGAUGGAUGUCCUUACUUUUGUCUUGGAUGUGGUUACUUAAUCCAUCGGAAAUGCAUCGAUUUACCUCGCGUCAUUAACAUCAAUCGUCAUGAUCAUCGCAUCUCUCUCACGCAUCAUCUUGGUCUUCAGUAUUCAGAAUGUGGAGUAUGUCGUCAAAGUGUUAAUGGAUACUACGGAGGUUAUUCUUGCUCUCUUUGUCCCAACUAUGUUGUUCAUCCACAAUGUGCAAUGAAAGAUGAUGUAUGGGACGGAAUAGAACUCGAAGGGACUCCUGAAGAUAGUGAGCAAGAUACCGCGCCAUUCGAGGUGGUUGAUGACAACACGAUAAAACAUUUCAGCCAUGAAAAACAUAAUUUGAUGCUCAACAAGAAUGGUAUCAUCACUCAACAUGAUGAAAUCACACGUUGCCAAGCAUGUGUCCUUCCUCUAUCGUCAGAUCCUAGCUACAGUUGUGGUCAAUGUGAUUAUGUUCUUCAUGAAACAUGUGCAAAUCUCCCUCGAAAGAAAAGGCAUGUGUUCAACAACAAACCAUUUACGUUACACACAGGAGGUAAAGAUUCUUCUAGGAAUUGGUUUGAGUGUGAUGCUUGUAGAACAAUCUCCAAUGGUUUUAGAUACGUUUCUGGUGAUUGGAUUCUAGAUGUGCAUUGCGGUUCGAUGUCAGAACCAUUGCUCCAUGAUGGUCAUUCACAUCCGUUAUAUUACUACAGAAGGCAAGGCAAGUCAUGUCGUUCGUGUCACAACAAAGUGGUGAAACCUAGAGUACUAUGUUGUGAUACUUGUGACUUUGAUUUGGAUUUCUACUGUGCUAAUUUACCUAAAACGGUAAAACAUUGCUACGACGAGCAUCCUCUUUCUCUAUGCCACGGCGAAGAUGAUGUGAUUAAGGAUAACAAAUAUUGGUGUGACAUAUGCGAAACAGAAACCGAUCCAAAGAAAUGGUUCUACACUUGUUAUGACUGCGGGGGCGGAACAUUAAUGUCGAUGGACGUGAGUAUGAAGUUGUUCCUAACAGCAAGAGUUCUCGACCAUUCUGCGACCAAUGCCAUUCUCGAUGUAAAGAUCGCUUCAUUCUAA